AAACUUAAAUCGGAAAGUUAACCGUGUAGAAAAAACGGAGGGAAGUAUGAAAUUACCUGUUCUGAUUUCGACCUUUCAUGCUUUCAUUGGGCUGCUACCAUGGUAUCCACCCACCUGGAGCUUUGCAUGACAACCAAUAGCAACAGGCGAGCAACGCUCGAUCUUCGCUGGAGCUAGAGGAGAUGCACGAAGAACAUUACGCUAAGUCGAUAACAUUAUAUGGGGAAAAAAAUUGCAAAUCGAGUAUAACGGAUCGUCAUCAAUGAAAAAGAAGACUGACAACACCUCCAAAUCUAACUGAAUGGAAUUAUGGAACUGCCGUAUUGCCUCCUCCUACUGAAUUUGGGAGACGUUCUUCGGGAGAUUGUAUGGUUUUGUUGGUACUCAACUCGCCUGUAACCGGCCAAACAAACAGAGAUAAGCAAGCAGUCAAGCCUUGAGCUCUGAAUCCUUCUAGUGUUGUACCAGCCAACCACCAAGAAGUGACGAGACGGACGGCGCCAUUGCUGUCCUCCUCCUUGGCUUCAACUCAACUCCAGUCAGUGACGCAUGCUUGCUUUCCAAACCAAGGGAUAACCACCACACAAUGUAAUGAAGCACCGCCACAUUCUCCAACUCCAGAAGCAGCACCUCCACUGAUUGUUGAUUGAUCCAUUCAUCAGCUAGCUCAUGGGGAAACUUAGCUGCAAGAAUCUUUUGCCGUGCUGCAUGGGUCCCCAACCGGCGACCUCACCGGCCGGCACCGCCGACGCCACCACCGGCGUCAGGGUUAAGGUCAGCGACCGAUACGUUGAGAUUAAAAAUGGCAUCUUUGAGCUUACGCUGUCCAACCCCGACGGGAUCGUGACCGGCGUCCGGUAUAAUGGUGUUGACAACUUGAUGGAAAUUCUUAACAAAGAAGACAACAGAGGGUACUGGGACCUUGUUUGGAGUCCACUGGGAGAAAGAACUGGCAUAUUUGAUGUAAUAAAAGGAACAGAGUUCCGAAUCAUAUAUCAGGAUGAAAACCAAGCAGAGGUUUCCUUCGUCAGAACUUGGGAUCCUUCUCUAGAAGGCAAAGCUGUUCCCUUGAACAUUGAUAAGAGGUUCAUUGUGCUCCGAGGCUGCUCUGGAUUCUACACCUACGGAAUUUAUGAGCAUCAGGAAGGGUGGCCUGGUUUUAGCAUGGGAGAGACCAGGGUGGCCUUCAAGCUUCGGAAAGACAAGUUUCGUUACAUGGCACUCGCCGACGACAGGCAGAGAAUAAUGCCAAUGCCUGAAGACCGAGUACCUCCCCGAGGCCAGCAAUUAGCAUACCCUGAAGCUGUCCUCCUUGUGGACCCUAUAAAUCCUGACCUAAGAGGGGAGGUUGAUGAUAAGUACCAGUACUCGUGUGAAGACCAGUACAACAAUGUCCACGGGUGGAUAUCAUUCAAUCCUGCAAUUGGUUUCUGGCAGAUUACUCCGAGUGACGAGUUCAGAACAGGAGGGCCUGUCAAGCAGAACCUGACCUCUCAUGUCGGGCCAACUAUGCUGGCUAUGUUCCUUAGUGGUCAUUAUGCUGGGGAUGACCUUUCGCCCAAGUUCAUGAAUGGAGAAUAUUGGAAAAAGGUCCAUGGACCUGUCUUCAUGUACCUUAACUCCAGUUGGGAUGGAAGUGACCCAACUCUACUCUGGGAGGAUGCAAAAGUUCAGAUGAUGAUUGAGAAAGAGAGCUGGCCGUAUUGUUUUGCACUUUCAGACGAUUUUCAGAAGACUGAGCAGAGAGGUUGUGUCUCUGGUAGAUUACUUGUUCGAGACAGGUAUUUAGAUGAUGCAGAUCUUUAUGCCACAGCAGCCUAUGUAGGCUUAGCCUUACCAGGAGAUGCUGGAUCCUGGCAAAGAGAGUGCAAGGGAUACCAAUUCUGGUGUAGAGCAGAAGAUGAUGGAAGCUUUUGCAUAAGGAACAUUGUAACCGGAGACUACAACCUUUAUGCAUGGGUUCCAGGAUUUAUAGGAGACUACAAACUGGAUGCUACAAUAACCAUAUCUUCAGGGGUUGACAUUUAUCUGGGUGACCUUGUGUAUGAACCACCAAGAGAUGGUCCCACGAUGUGGGAGAUCGGAAUACCUGAUCGAUCUGCCUUUGAAUUUUACGUUCCAGACCCUAAUCCCAACUAUAUCAAUAGGCUGUAUAUUAACCAUCCUGACAGAUUUAGGCAGUAUGGACUUUGGGAAAGAUAUGCAGAGCUGUAUCCGGAUAGUGAUCUGGUAUACACAAUUGGCCAGAGUGACUAUACCACUGAUUGGUUCUUUGCUCAAGUAAACAGAAGAACUGAUCAGAACACUUACCAGCCAACUACAUGGCAAAUAAAGUUCAAUCUUGACAGUGUGGUUCCUAACAGCACCUACAAAUUUAGAGUGGCUCUUGCAUCAUCUGCAAACGCUGAGUUGCAGGUUCGUUUCAACGAUCCGGACAGAAGUGCUCCUCACUUCACCAGUGGAUUGAUCGGCAGGGACAAUGGCAUAGCGAGGCAUGGGAUCCAUGGGCUGUACUGGCUGUUCAACAUCGAUGUGAGUGGGGCUUGGCUUGUCCAAGGGAUGAACACUAUCUACCUGAAGCAGCCCAGGAACCAGAGUCCCUUUCAGGGACUUAUGUAUGAUUACCUGAGAAUGGAAGGUCCUUCUGGCAACUAAGGACUAAGGCCAGUCUUUAGCUAUUUAACGACCUACCUCACCUAGCUAAUUCCUCUCAUUAUUCUCGUCUGUGUGACUAGUAGAUCUGCACUAUGCCUAGGUGUACGAAAGGGGUCUAACCGUGUAGGUGGACUAACCCGUAAAUCCGCUUAUAAGACAAUUAAAUUGGUAGGUUGUAAAUGGGUUAACCAUAAAUCUAUUUAUAUGCUAAUUAAAUAGAUGUUAAGUGGGUUAACCUACAAACCUGUUUACAAGCUAAUUAACUGGUUUAUAGAUGGACUGGUGAGUUGGCCAGCUUACACCUUCGAUGUAAUAGUCGAUAUCCUCAUCCGCUGAUUUUAUUUAGUACUACCUUUGUUCUCGAGUAGAUGACUUUAUUGACUACCGCUGUCACUUUAGCCACAAAUUACUUUUAAAUGGUUAUAU